CCCCCUUUCCCCAGCGGGGAGGCACUUUUGUUGACAUAGGCAUGCCUGUUGCCGUCCCUCCCCAUUCGAGCCAGUGGUUUCGCCCGCCUGGGUGCUGUCGCCAUGUCCAUAUACAGGAACUCGGUGUGGUUCAUUAAGGGACUGAACGAAUAUUGCCGGAGUGGCUAUGAGUCAGCAAGCAAGCGCUUUGUUCCCGGAGACUUGGAAGUGGAUGUAACGGGAAGGUCUUUCAUGGUAACUGGAGCAAACAGUGGUAUUGGCAAAGCAACUGCAAAAGAGAUAGCUAAAAGGGGGGGAAUAAUUCAUCUUGUUUGCCGAAACAAAGACCGAGGUGAAGAAGCCAAAAAAGAAAUAACCACAGAAACUGGAAAUCAGAAGGUGUUUGUCCAUAUUCUGGACAUGUCUGACCCCAAAGGAAUUUGGAAAUUUGGUGAACAGUUCAAGAAUGAACACAGACUAAAUGUUUUGAUCAACAAUGCAGGCUGCAUGGUAAACAAAAGAGAACUUACAGAAAAUGGGCUUGAAAAGAAUUUUGCUACAAACACUCUGGGUCCAUAUAUUUUAACCACAGUUCUUCUACCUCUCUUGGAAAAAGAAGAUGACCCUAGAGUUAUCACUGUCUCUUCAGGAGGGAUGUUAGUUCAGAAACUGAAUGUUUCAGAUUUGCAGACAGAAAAUACCACCUUUGAUGGGACAAUGGUCUAUGCACAGAAUAAGAGACAGCAAGUGGUGAUGACUGAACAGUGGGCUAAAGCACAUCCCAGCAUCCAUUUUUCUUCUAUGCAUCCUGGCUGGGCCAACACUCCAGCGGUGCAGUCAUCUAUGCCAGAUUUCUAUGAGAAAAUGAAGAACAAAUUACGGACUGAGGCCCAGGGCGCAGACACGGUGGUGUGGCUGGCGGUCUCCUCUGCAGCGAGGAAGCAAGCAAGUGGACUAUUCUUCCAAGACCGAGAGCCUGUUGCAACCCACUUGCCCCUGGCAUGGACAAAAUCUUCACCUGGUGAUGAUGAAAAAUUGAUGCAGGUGCUUGAAGAACUCUCCCAGCAGUUUAAACCCCAAUAACCACUCCUUUCUACUUUCUUUUUAACAAGAAGUCCAGGAGAACAGCGGUGCAUUACAGCAGCAUUUUUCCAAACUGUAAUGAAGGGUCAACUAAGCAAAUCAACACUACAAUUGGAGAUUGGAAAUAUAUGGAAAUUAAUAGACUUGCAUACUUUGUUUUGCUACAGAAAAACUUCUGAAGUAGAACUAUGUACAGUUUCUCUGUGUUCUGGAAAAAGCUGAAAACAUGUAGACAUUGUGCUACUUCCUGGAAAGGUUAGCUUAGUUUGUUUCAGUUGAACAAAUUAGUUGCAAUUAAUUUGUCUCAGUAGUGUUUGCAAGCCAACCAAGAGAAUAAUAGAUGUGUUUAUGUUUUCAUAUUACAUCAUGGCUUGAGAGGGGAGUGGAUGAAAAAGAAUUUUUGUAUUUUUCUAUAGUCACAGCUCCACAUAAUUUAUGUCCUUCAGCUACCAAUUUUGCAUUUGUUCUUUUUUAAAGCCAAAGAGUUUUCAGCUUCUAACAGUACAGUUGGCUCUGUUCCACUGAUGUGAUAGAAAGUUUCUGGCACUGCCUCAAAUUUGUGACUCUGAAUCAGUUCCUUAAAAUUAAAGCUGGAAGGUGCUUUGUUAUAAAUUAAUAGUAUAAACAUGUAAUAAACUAAUAUAUUUUGUAGCCACUGAAAAUUAAAAUUUAAGAAUAAAUAAUAUAUACUCAAA